GAUGACUGUGGGAAUCUCACUCGUCAGCGCGUCACCAUAGUAAAAUAUCACAAAUCUGAGUGGAAUUUGGAGUUUCAAAAUUAAUACAUUUAUUACUACGUUAGUUUUAGCCGCUCUUUCGAAGCCAGAUUCGGUACAUGUUGUCGUAAACCUGAAUCGUUUUGUCCAUGGAAAAACUGGAAGUGAGAUGAUUUCUUACACCGUUAUCGGUUGUGUCGGAGAUUUAUAUCACGAGCGAGGAGCUAACGAAUUCUAACUCCCAACAUCUGCGACUGCUGGGAUUCUCUGCAGUAGAAUUAUUCAAAGCCAGAAUGGGUAUUUUCACUGGUUUGGGAUUUUUUUUCGCCUCCGGAACACCAGAAAAGGCGAAGUUAGUGGCUAUGGCCGAGGGUGCACGCGUCGUUUCCUCCGUUCUCGACGAUCCGACGCACGUUGUCGCGGAUUCUUGCGAAGCCCCGGAAGUCACUGAAGCUAAAGACUGCCUUUGCAAUGUUAUCAUCGUCAAGAGUACGUGGAUCGAAUUGUCCGCAAAGACAUCCCGUGUACUCCCUACAAAAGCAUUUUCGCCUGAACCCAAGCAACUAUUCAACGCACUGCGGAUUUGCGUUUCACAGAUCGCGCCAAAUGAUUCGGUGGUUUUAUGGGCAGCUAUCGAAUGUUACGGUGGAAUUUGUGUAUCUCAGUUGGAUAGCAGUGUUACACAUCUGGUAACUGGUCGGGCCGCUGGGAAAAAAUACACAAAAGCAAUGGAGGAAAAGAGAAUCGGCAUUGUUACUCCGGACUGGAUUACUGAUUGUAUUCGGGAUCAGAUUCUCCAUCCACUUGAGAGUUAUCAUCCUCAGUGGUUGAUCGAACCCGAUCCUCCGCAGUUGUCCCUUCAUCCUGGCGACGAAAUGAUUGCGUCUCUUUUACCUCCCGAUUUGGCUGAUUUGCUGGAUUCGGAUUUUGUUACUCCGAUGACUACAACUACACAAGCUCAAAUGAUCGAUCCGCAGUCCGUUCCUAUGAACCAUAUUUCUGCUCCUUCCAUGGAUAUGGAUCCCAGUAAAUUGAUGGGGCAGAAUAUGGGGAACAUGACCGGUAGCAGACCUCAGUUUAUCCCCAGUGAUAUGAUGAACCAAAAUCGCAUGAUGGCACAGCAAGUCCAAGGAAAUGCUUCGUUAGUGCGUCCACAGACUAAGACCGCUUUGGCAAGAUUUCUAAACACUCGUCAUAGUUCCCAGAGCCAGGAUCAAGUAACAAAUAAUAACAAUCCAGGAAUGGCUAUGAACCAUGCCUUGGUGCCUAUGCCUCCGCAAAUGCCCGAGCCGGGGCAAAUUCAGGCUGCACAACAACAGCAGCAACAACAACAACAGCAGCAACAGCAACACUGGCAAUGGAAACAGGCUCAGUCUCCGACACACCAGCAGCUGCAGUAUGCUCCUCCGACUAUGACACCGAUGCCGAAUCAGAUGGUCGGCGUCACCGUCUCGCAACAUCAGCAGCCUAUGCAACAUCAAGCAAGUUAUCAGCAAAUGCAAAUGGGGCAACUUCAACCAAAUCCACAACAGCAAAUGCAUCAGCAGGUCUAUCAGAUGCAGCAGACGCAUCAAAUGCAGUACGCACCCAACAUGGCGGUGCGUCCAGUACUACAGACCCAGAUGUCAGUGGAAAGGCCUCAAGUGCCUAGCCGGCCGGUGCCACUUGCAGAUCCGGUUUAUGUGGGAUUUGAUUUUCCUCACGUUCCUCCAAUGAAAUUUCUUAUCGGAUGCAAGAUUGUGCUGCCAGCUCUCAAAGAUAUCCAUAAUCCAGAUGGACGGGUGUUAAGGAAUAUGGAAACAGUCAUAAAGAAGUAUGGGGGACAGAUUGUUCCGCUGGAUGCAAUGCAGACGGCUACUCAUGUGAUAUGUGACACGCAAUUAAGCCCAAUAGCGCAAACGGCACUGAAAGCGCAGAAACGUGUUGUGACGAUGUACUGGUUGAAUGACUGCUAUCGUAAGGGUGAAAUGCGGCCUCCAUGGCGGUUUUCUCAUCUUCCCUGUCCGUUUACUGAUGACAAUAAGCCGCUCCAUGAUAAGAUUAUCACGGUAACUGGCUUCCACGAUGAGGAACGUGAGGAUGUCAUUGCUCUGCUUCUCACUCUUGGAGCCCGAUAUCAGCCGUUUUUGGAUAGGAACGCUUUUGCUAUGAUUUGCAGAGUAGCUAGUGGGAAAAAGUAUUCGAAAGCCGCGGAGUGGAGCAUCCCUGUGGUCAAUGUUGAUUGGCUGCACGAUUUGUGGAAUAGAGACCCCAAACCCCUGACGAUGAUGAGCAAGGAUCCGCGAUAUGUGCUUUCUAAUGAAAAGGACCCCCCUUCCCUGGACCUGACGGGAGCCAACGUGAAACGUCUGCCGCAACUUUUGAUGGCGGCUUGGAUCCAUCCAGUCCCGGUUCCACCAGACGCACAGGCGAAAUUCAGUAGUACGGCAAAGGGGCGUCCAAUCAAUCCCCAAAAUCCUAAGAAAAGGAUCAAGAAGCAAAUGAUGGACAAUGAAUGCAAAAAGAAACGGAAACUUGGCCCGGUUGUUAUAUUGUUUGAUGGAGUUGAGAAAUCGGAAGAAAACAAGUUGAUAAAGAGUCUAAAAGGACUGGGACCAGCAACAGCCUCGAUUACGGAAAAGUUCCAUGUUUGCACUCAUUUGGUUGCGCCAAGGAUUUCCCGAACACCAAGGUUUUUGAUCGCAUUCAGUGUCUGUCGAUGCGUGGUCACGCCGAAAUGGAUAAACGAUUCGGUGGAAGGUGGAAAAUUACUGGAAACCGAUGAGUAUAUUUUACAAGAUCAGGAAAUGGAGAAUAGAGAAUCGUUUACAUUACGCGAAGCCCUUGAAAGGAAAAGCAUUUUGAGCCAGAAUGGGAUCCAGGUGUUCACCAACGUGAAUUUUUAUAUUACUCCUCGAGUGUAUCCUCAAGUGGAUACGCUGUCGGAGAUCAUCGAGGCUUUUGGGGGAAAGGCUGUAAAGCAUCGCAUGCCGAAGUUGGAAGAUUUGAAAAUGCAUGGGAAGAACGGCGUCUAUUACGUGGUGAUAGCAACUGUGGCUGAUUUUAAGGACUUGGCUGGGUUGAUCAACACAGGACAUCCUAUUUAUUCUGCGGAACUGAUCAUAUCAUCUGUUAUAAAGCAGCGGAUUGACUGGAAUGCUCAUAGACUGGAUUUCUCUAAAGCACCCGUAUGACCUUAUGAAACAGGAAUUGAGUGUCCAUAACCAAAGAAGUGUUUUCUCCCGAAUCUCUUAACUGUGAUAGAAACUUUUUUGUUUUGUGCAGGUAUGCAAUCUUUUUGGUCUUGAUGGCAUGUACGUAGAAUAGUUUUUUGGUGCAGUUUCCAAAACGCAUAUCCGUAUUGGAGUGCUAAUUUAUUAGUUUUGCUGAGACUUUUGUCGGAGGUUUAAGUCACUAUAUACGAGUAAAAAUUGACAAUUCGUA